AUGGACGCUGAGCUCUCGCAGCUCCGACCCCCACGCCCCCUCCUCCACCGGGAGCCUGGCCGGCGUGGGCAGCGCUGCGGCGGCGGCUCCUUCCUACCUGCCUCUCGGCGGCGUUCGCUCAUGGAGCAGCUAUUUAUACAUCACCUCCUGCUGCAGCGCCCAGCUGGUUCGGUUGUGGUCGCUUUCCCCUUGCAGAAUGCCAACUGCAGCGCUGUGUUUUGGGGUGAUAUUGCCUUAGAUGAUGAAGACUUGAAUAUCUUCCAAAUAGACAGGUCAAUUGACCUUACACAGAACCCCUUUGGAAACUUUGGACACACCACAGGUGGACUUGGAGACCAUGGUAUGUCAAAGAAGCGAGGAGCCCUCUACCAGCUCAUAGACAGGAUAAGAAGAAUUGGCUCCGGCUCGGAGCAAAACAGCACCGUUAAGGGAAAAGCCCCUCUCCCGCUCUCAGGGCAAAGCGAGAAAAACCGAGUUCCCAGAGCUGCCACGUCACGGACGGAGAGAGUGUGGCCUGGAGGCGUCAUCCCGUAUGUCAUAGGAGGCAACUUCACCGGCAGUCAGCGAGCCAUGUUCAAGCAGGCCAUGCGACACUGGGAGAAGCACACGUGCGUGACGUUCAUCGAGAGGGGUGACGAGGAGAGCUACAUCGUGUUCACCUACAGGCCCUGUGGGUGCUGCUCCUACGUAGGUCGGCGGGGGAACGGGCCUCAGGCCAUCUCCAUCGGCAAGAACUGUGACAAAUUUGGAAUCGUUGUUCACGAACUGGGCCAUGUGAUAGGCUUUUGGCAUGAACACACGCGGCCGGACCGGGACAACCACGUGACCAUCAUCAGGGAAAACAUCCAGCCAGGUCAAGAGUACAACUUUCUGAAGAUGGAGCCUGGGGAGGUAAACUCCCUCGGCGAGAGCUACGACUUCGACAGCAUCAUGCACUACGCCAGGAACACCUUCUCAAGGGGGAUGUUUCUGGACACCAUCCUCCCCUCCCGCGACGAUAACGGCAUACGCCCGGCGAUCGGCCAGCGGACCCGUUUGAGCAAAGGAGACAUUGCACAGGCAAGAAAGCUGUAUAGAUGUCCAGUGUGUGGAGAAACCCUGCAAGACUCCAGUGGCAACCUCUCCUCUCCAGGGUUCCCCAACGGCUACCCCUCCUACACACACUGCAUCUGGAGGGUCUCCGUGACGCCCGGGGAGAAGAUUGUUCUGAACUUCACCACCAUGGACCUGUACAAGAGCAGCCUGUGCUGGUACGACUACAUCGAGGUCAGGGACGGCUACUGGAGGAAGUCGCCCCUCCUGGGUAGAUUCUGUGGAGACAGAGCGCCUGAAGUUCUCACCUCUACGGACAGCAGAAUGUGGAUCGAGUUUCGGAGCAGCAGUAACUGGGUGGGAAAAGGCUUCGCAGCUGUGUACGAAGCCGUCUGCGGGGGCGAGAUCCGCAAACAGGAAGGGCAGAUCCAGUCCCCGAACUACCCCGACGACUACCGCCCCAUGAAGGAGUGCGUGUGGAGGAUCACCGUGUCCGAGGGCUACCACGUCGCGCUGACCUUUCAGGCCUUUGAGAUCGAAAGGCACGACAACUGUGCUUACGACUACCUGGAAGUGCGAGACGGCGCCGGCGACGACAGCCCUUUGAUAGGGCGCUUCUGCGGCUACGACCGGCCCGAGGACGUGAGAUCCACCUCCAACGCCUUGUGGAUGAAGUUCGUCUCUGACGGGACCGUGAACAAGGCGGGGUUCGCUGCUAACUUUUUCAAAGAGGAAGACGAGUGCGCCAAGCCCGACCGGGGCGGCUGUGAGCAGCGCUGCCUGAACACGCUGGGCAGCUACCAGUGCGCCUGCGAGCCCGGCUACGAGCUCGGCCCCGACAGGAGGAGCUGCGAAGCCGCCUGCGGUGGGCUCCUCUCCAGGCUCAACGGCACGAUCACCACACCGGGCUGGCCCAAGGAGUACCCGCCCAACAAGAACUGCGUGUGGCAGGUGGUGGCACCGACCCAGUACCGGAUUUCCGUGAAGUUUGAGUUUUUCGAAUUGGAAGGCAAUGAAGUUUGCAAGUACGACUACGUGGAGAUCUGGAGCGGGCUGUCCGCUGAGUCGAAGCUGCACGGCAGGUUCUGUGGCGCCGAGGUGCCGGAGGUGAUCACGUCGCAGUUCAACAACAUGAGGAUUGAGUUCAAGUCCGACAACACCGUGUCCAAGAAGGGCUUCAAAGCGCAUUUCUUUUCAGACAAAGACGAAUGCUCCAAGGACAACGGCGGGUGUCAGCAAGACUGUGUCAACACCGUGGGAAGCUACGUGUGCCAGUGUCGCAAUGGAUUUGUGCUGCACGAGAACAAACACGACUGCAAGGAAGCGGAGUGUGAGCAGAAGAUCCACAGCCCCAGCGGCCUCAUCGCCAGCCCCAACUGGCCGGACAAGUACCCGAGCAGGAAGGAGUGCACCUGGGACAUCCGCGCCACCCCCGGCCACCGCAUCAGACUGACUUUUAGUGAGUUUGAGAUUGAGCAGCAUCAAGAAUGUGCUUAUGACCACUUGGAAGUGUUUGAUGGAGAAACAGAAAAAUCGCCGAUUCUCGGACGGCUCUGUGGCAGCAAGAUCCCGGACCCUCUGGUGGCUACCGGAAAUAAGAUGUUCGUGCGGUUUGUCUCCGAUGCCUCUGUUCAGAGAAAAGGCUUCCAAGCCACGCAUUCUACAGAGUGCGGCGGCCGACUGAAGGCAGAGUCCAAGCCCAGAGACCUGUACUCCCACGCCCAGUUUGGCGACAACAACUACCUGGGGCAGGCGGACUGCGAGUGGCUGCUGGUGUCGGAGCGGGGCUCGCGGCUGGAGCUGUCCUUCCCGGCGUUCGAGGUGGAGGAGGAGGCGGACUGCGGCUACGACUUCGUGGAGCUCUUCGAUGGCCUCGACUCCGCGGCCGUGGGGCUCGGUCGAUUCUGUGGAUCCGGGCCACCAGAAGAGAUCUAUUCCAUUGGGGAUGCAGUUUUAAUUCAUUUUCACACUGACGACACGAUUAACAAGAAGGGAUUUCAUAUAAGAUACAAGAGCAUAAGCUAUCCAGAUACCACGCAUACCAAAAAAUAA